UCAAGCUUACCAACCAUGGCACAAACAAAAGUACCCCAUAUAGCUGUUGUACCCACUCCAGGGAUGGGCCAUCUCAUCCCACUCAUUGAGUUCGCUAAACGAGUCGUUCAACAACAUCAAUUCGCUGUCACUUUUAUUAUUCCUACCGACGGGGCUCCUACUAAAGCCCAAACGUCUACUCUUGCCUCUCUUCCUUCUUCCAUCAACUCCAUUUUUCUUCCCCCGGUUACAUUAGACGACGCCCCAGAAAAUUCAAAAAUUGAAACCUUAAUUUCUCUCACUUUGGCUCGCUCUCUUCCUUCUCUUCGGGAUGCGUUGAAGUCACUUGUAGCUAAUACCUCACUGGUCAGCUUGGUGGUCGAUCUUUUUGGCACUGACGCCUUUGAUGUUGCUAAAGAAUUUAAUUUGUCACCCUUCAUUUUCUUCCCAUCCACGGCCAUGGCUUUGUCUUUGUUUCUGUAUUUGCCUACACUUGAUGCCUCAGUGUCAUGUGAGUAUAGAGACCUUCCUGAACCCGUGAAUAUACCCGGGUGCAUACCCAUUCACGGUAAAUAUUUGCUCGACCCGGUUCAAGACAGAAAAAAUGAAGCAUAUAAAUGGGUUCUCCACCAUACAAAAAGGUAUAGAAUGGCUGAGGGCAUUAUGGUAAAUAGCUUCAUGGAAUUGGAAGGAGGAGCUAUUAAGGCUCUGCAAGAGGCUGAACCCGGUAAACCACCGGUUUACCCGGUUGGACCACUUGUGAAAAUGGGUUCAAGUACAAGAACUGAUGAUGAUGAAUCCUUAAAGUGGUUGGAUACUCAGCCACGUGGGUCUGUAUUAUUCGUUUCUUUCGGUAGCGGUGGGACCCUCUCUUCCCGUCAGUUAAAUGAGUUGGCUUUGGGGUUAGAGAUGAGUGAGCAAAGAUUUUUAUGGGUAGUAAGAAGCCCAAAUGACGAGGUUGCUAAUGCUACAUAUUUUGGAGUUCAUGGCCAGAAUGAGUUUUUGAAAUUUCUACCAGAAGGGUUUUUAGAGAGGACCAAGGGGCGAGGUCUGGUGGUGCCAUCGUGGGCACCACAGGCACAAGUGUUGAGCCACGACUCCACAGGGGGGUUCUUGACCCAUUGUGGAUGGAAUUCUGUUCUGGAGAGUGUUGUAAAUGGUGUACCAUUAAUAGCAUGGCCACUUUAUGCAGAACAGAAAAUGAACGCUGUGACGCUCACCGAGCACAUUCAAGUGGCAUUGAGACCAAAAGCUAGUGAAAAUGGCCUUUAUGGAAAAGAAGAAAUUGCUAGAGUUGUUAAGGGUUUAAUGGAAGGUGAAGAAGGUAAACGUGUUCGCUAUAGAAUGAAGGACUUAAAAGAUGCGGCCGCAGCUGUGCUCAGUGAAAAUGGUUCUUCAACAAAAGCACUUACUGAAGUUGCUCUCAAAUGGAAGAACAAAAUAUCCAAUUAAAUGUAUUUUCUUGUUUUGUUUGUAGCUGUUUUUAUUUAUUCAAAUAGUUAUAUUAUAUAAACCGUGUGAUUGUAUGAUAA